CAAAUGAAAGAAGCAAAGCAAAGCAAAAUUGUAAACGUUUUGUUUUAAUUGAGUAAAUAUUGUUAUUCUCAUAAAAUAGGAACACAAAGAGGAUGUCCAACAUUACAGCAGCGGUAAUUGCUAAUCGCAAUAAAAAGCAUUUCCUGGGUGUGCCUGCUCCCUUGGGCUAUGUGGCCGGUGUAGGCCGUGGUGCCACUGGAUUUACCACACGUUCAGAUAUUGGUCCAGCGCGAGAUGCCAAUGAUGUAUCGGAUGAUCGACAUGCUCCACCAGCUACGAAGCGCAAGAAAAAGGAUGAAGAGGAGGAGGAAGAUGAGGAUUUAAAUGACUCCAACUAUGACGAGUUCAGUGGCUAUAGUGGUUCGCUCUUCUCAAAGGAUCCGUACGAUAAGGAUGACGAGGAAGCCGAUGCCAUAUACGAUUCCAUUGACAAGCGAAUGGAUGAGAAACGCAAGGAAUAUCGUGAUCGUCGUCUACGCGAAGACUUGGAGCGCUAUCGUCAAGAGCGUCCAAAGAUUCAGCAACAGUUCAGUGAUCUCAAACGCUCACUGGCCGGUGUCACCUCCGAAGAAUGGUCCACAAUUCCCGAAGUGGGCGACAGUCGCAAUCGUAAACAAAGAAAUCCUAGGGCAGAGAAGUUUACCCCGCUGCCGGAUAGUGUAUUAUCGAGAAAUUUGGGUGGAGAAACGACAUCCAGCUUGGAUCCAUCAUCGGGCUUGGCUUCAAUGAUGCCGGGAGUGGCCACACCGGGUAUGCUAACCCCCACAGGAGACUUGGAUUUAAGGAAAAUCGGUCAGGCCAGAAACACAUUGAUGAAUGUGAAGCUAUCGCAGGUUUCCGAUUCGGUAGCUGGUCAAACUGUUGUCGAUCCCAAGGGAUAUCUCACCGAUCUGCAAUCCAUGAUACCCACCUAUGGCGGUGACAUUAAUGACAUUAAGAAGGCUCGGCUUCUGCUCAAAUCUGUGCGUGAGACAAAUCCCAAUCAUCCGCCGGCUUGGAUAGCUUCCGCUCGUCUGGAAGAAGUUACCGGCAAGGUACAAAUGGCCCGCAAUUUGAUCAUGCGCGGCUGCGAAAUGAAUCCCCAAUCCGAAGAUCUCUGGCUAGAGGCGGCUCGUCUGCAACCACCGGACACGGCCAAGGCGGUUAUAGCCCAGGCAGCUCGUCAUAUACCUACCUCAGUGCGAAUUUGGAUUAAGGCCGCUGACUUGGAAACAGAAACAAAAGCCAAGCGUCGUGUCUUUCGCAAAGCUUUGGAGCACAUACCCAAUUCCGUGCGUCUAUGGAAAGCGGCCGUGGAGCUGGAGAAUCCGGAUGAUGCUAGAAUUCUGCUCUCCCGUGCCGUGGAGUGCUGCAACACUAGUGUUGAACUGUGGCUGGCUUUGGCCCGACUGGAGACAUACGAGAAUGCUCGUAAAGUGCUAAACAAGGCGCGUGAGAAUAUUCCCACAGAUCGCCAGAUUUGGACAACGGCUGCCAAGCUGGAGGAAGCCAAUGGCAACAUACACAUGGUGGAGAAGAUUAUAGAUCGUUCAUUGACCUCCUUGACGGCAAAUGGGGUGGAAAUUAACAGAGAUCACUGGUUCCAGGAGGCCAUCGAGGCGGAGAAAUCGGGAGCGGUCAAUUGUUGUCAGGCCAUAAUCAAAGCGGUCAUUGAAGUCAGUGUAGAGGAGGAGGAUCGCAAACAGACAUGGAUCGAUGAUGCCGAAUUUUGCGCGAAAGAGACCGCUUUCGAAUGUGCUCGAGCUGUCUAUGCACAUGCGCUGCAGGUGUUCCCCUCCAAGAAGAGUAUUUGGUUACGUGCAGCCUACUUCGAGAAGAAUCAUGGCACACGUGAAUCCCUGGAGGCUCUUCUGCAACGCGCCGUUGCUCAUUGCCCGAAAUCAGAGAUUCUUUGGCUAAUGGGCGCCAAAUCCAAGUGGAUGGCCGGCGAUGUGCCAGCAGCUCGCGGCAUUCUCUCGCUGGCCUUUCAGGCCAAUCCCAACUCCGAGGACAUUUGGUUGGCCGCCGUCAAACUGGAGUCGGAGAAUGCUGAGUAUGAGCGAGCACGUCGCUUGCUGGCCAAGGCCAGAGGCUCUGCGCCGACUCCACGUGUUAUGAUGAAAUCAGCUCGCUUGGAAUGGGCCUUGGAGCGAUUCAAUGAGGCACUGCGUCUGCUGGAAGAAGCCGUUGAGGUAUUCCCCGAUUUCCCUAAACUCUGGAUGAUGAAAGGUCAAAUUGAGGAGCAACAGAAUCGAACAAAUGAUGCGGCUCAAACGUAUACGCAGGGCAUUAAGAAAUGUCCAACAUCGAUACCUCUGUGGAUACUCUCUGCCAAUCUGGAGGAGCGCAAGGGAGUUCUAACCAAGGCUCGGUCUAUUUUGGAACGCGGCCGUUUACGAAAUCCCAAAGUGCCUAUCCUCUGGCUGGAAGCCAUAAGGGUGGAACUAAGAGCCGGAUUAAAGGAAAUUGCUAGCACCAUGAUGGCCAGAGCUCUGCAGGAAUGCCCAAAUGCUGGACAACUGUGGGCAGAGGCUAUUUUUAUGGAGACCAAGCCACAGCGCAAGACCAAAUCGGUAGAUGCAUUAAAAAAGUGCGAGCACGAUCCCCACGUUUUGUUGGCGGUAUCGCAAUUGUUUUGGUCUGAACAUAAGUUCUCCAAAUGCCGCGAUUGGUUCAAUCGAACGGUGAAAAUUGAUCCAGAUCUGGGUGAUGCCUGGGCAUAUUUCUACAAAUUCGAAGUGCUGCAUGGCACCGAGGAGCAGCAAAAGGAGGUUUUGGAACGUUGCAUUGCGGCAGAGCCAACGCAUGGGGAAGCCUGGUGUAGAAUCAGCAAAAAUAUCUGGAAUUGGCAAUUCAAGACGCCUGAUAUACUACGUGCUGUGGUCAGAGAACUAACCAUACCAAUUUGAUUAGACUUUAAGCUGAACAAUAAAAUGAAAACCAGCCACGUCUACGGCUGAACUUCCCGGUAGCCAUAAAAAAUGCGAUAGAG